GAUGAUUCUGUCCUCGUCUUCCCGCCACCUCCGCUUUCCAUUUUCGUUUCCCGCCCUCUCAAUUUUAGGGUUCAUUCAUCUCUAAAUUCACUUCCAAUGUUACUCAAAAUCCACAAAAUUCAACUGUUUAGAUAUUCUGAAGAGAGAGUAAGGGGCUAAUACGUAAAUUUUAUAUUGCAAACUGUCUUAAAUGGCUGCCCAAUCUGAUGAUGCUCAUGCUUCGACAUUCUCAGCUCCCGAGUUGGAGUUUUUAGCUGAAGAUGAAUUGAUUGAGAUCGUACCCAAUAUGAGAAUGGAUCCUCUCAACCUCAUUUGUGGUGAUUUCGGUCCUUUCAGACCACAAAUAGCUACCCAGGUACCCGUUUGGUUGGCUGUGGCUUUGAAGAAGAGAGGCAAAUGCACAAUUCGCCCCCCUGAGUGGAUGUCUGUAGAAAAGUUGACUGAGGUUUUGGAAGCUGAAAGAGACACUGAAAAGUUUCAACCCUUGCCAUUCCAUUAUGUGGAAAUAUCCAGGCUUCUUUUUGAUCAUGCGGUGGGAGAUAUACCUGAUGUGUAUCUGGUAAGGUCGCUCAUUGAGGACAUCAAAGAUGUGCGGUUUCACAAGAUUGGGACUGGCUUAGAGAUCAUUUCAAAAGAACGUACCUAUGCAUUGAGGCUUAAAAAUCUGUCAGCAAUGGAAGCAAAUAUAGUGAGGCCUUUUGUCACAAGGUCUCUUCAGACAUUUUAUAAGCUCGGUAGUCCGGACAUGAUACAAGAUCGGGAUGAUUCAUCAAGUCGACAGCCUCAAACUACAAAUCGGGGGCCAAGACGGCAAUUGAAAGAUAGAUGAGGGAGUUCUCAAUAAUACUUCAUCUUGCUUUGGAAUUUCCUCAAUGUUGUUGCUGAUGUAGUGCAUUCUGUAUCCUACCUGGAACUGUUCAAUGAUUUGAGUAAGUUUAUGUAAUUAUUGUUUCUUUGUGACUUUGUUUGUAAUAUGAAAAUGUAUUAAUUUGAUUGUUCUACUGAUGCAUGCACUUCACCUACAACAAUGCCUUUCCGGAAGGGUUUUUUUUUUCAAACACAAGUACUCAAAAAUUAUUGUGAACUUAAGCUUCACGUAUAUUCUUCCGUGAAAAGCUGAAAGAAUAUACAUCAAAUUUGUAUCCUGAUAAAGUUUUCAUGAUUGCUGGAGUUCUUUUGCUUUCAAACUUCUUGGCAUGUCAUCGGAACUUGGAAUUAUGCUU